AUGCUGCCUGUUAUGUUUACACCGUAUUUCAUGUUUUAUCUGGCUUGGGUGUACGACCCAGCCACCAACCGAACUCUCCUGGGCUCCGUUCCUCGGGUCAACCUUCACGACGUCAGUCCCCUGGCGUUCUUCGUCACCGACUGCUACCACUUGCUGACACCGUGUGUGACCUUCACCUUCAUCAUCGCCUGCACUGCUGUGACUGCCAGACAGCUAAAACAGAUUGGAGUCACCAGACAGUCCAUGACGUCAGGGAGUCCGAUCUCCACCAAAGAAAAGAAACUGGUCAAGAUGCUGGUCAUCGUGUCAUUGACAUUCAUCGCCUGCCUGCUGCCAACGUCGGUGACACUGACAGCCGUGGGUUUGGUGCCGGACAUGGCAGUGACCGGAAGUUAUUUUGACGUGUCACUGUUGAUCUACGAGCUGUCGUAUCUGACAGAAACUAUAAGCUCCAGCAUCAACGUGUUAGUGUACUACAGCAUGAGCAGCAAAUACAAGUCCACAGUCAAAUCAUUGUUUCAGGGCAAGGAAAAGUUGAUGAAGAUUGAAAUUAACAGUAUAUUUUAA